UAUGGGACUGCGAAUGUGCCGUAAACAAAGAUGGCGCCGAGGCGGCAGAUGGGCGUCUGUCAGUGACGUCAGGGGGAGGCGUUCCAGGCUGGAGAGGUGGAAGCUGAAGGAGCUGAUACUGAGGGAGGAGAGCGUUAAGGUUUAACAGUAGCAAGACCUACAGGAAUCAUGGGGGAGCUCUUCAGAAGUGAGGAGAUGACCUUGGCCCAGCUUUUUCUUCAGUCUGAAGCUGCGUAUUGCUGUGUUAGUGAACUUGGAGAGCUGGGAAAAGUCCAGUUUCGAGAUUUAAACCCAGAUGUCAAUGUGUUCCAGAGAAAAUUUGUCAAUGAGGUCCGAAGAUGCGAAGAAAUGGACCGUAAACUGCGGUUUGUGGAGAAGGAGGUGAAGAAAGCAAAUAUUUCUAUCCUUGACACUGGGGAGAACCCAGAAGUCCCCUUUCCUAGGGACAUGAUUGACCUUGAGGCAAAUUUUGAAAAGAUUGAGAUUGAGCUGAAAGAAAUAAACACAAACCAAGAGGCCUUGAAGAGGAACUUCCUUGAACUGACAGAGUUAAAAUUCAUUCUGCGCAAAACCCAGCAAUUUUUUGAUGAGGCUCAAUUGCAUCAUCAUCAGCAGAUGGCGGAUCCGGAUCUUUUGGAAGAAUCCUCUUCAUUGCUGGAGCCCAGUGAGAUGGGAAGAGGAGCCCCAUUAAGACUUGGCUUUGUGGCUGGAGUGAUUAAUCGUGAGAGGAUCCCAACCUUCGAGAGGAUGCUGUGGCGUGUUUGUCGUGGAAAUGUUUUCUUGCGUCAGGCAGAGAUUGAAAACCCAUUGGAGGAUCCAGUCACGGGUGACAGUGUUCACAAGUCUGUUUUCAUCAUAUUCUUCCAAGGAGACCAGCUGAAGAACAGGGUAAAGAAGAUCUGCGAGGGGUUCCGUGCAUCACUAUAUCCCUGUCCAGAGACUCCCCAGGAGCGUAAGGAAAUGGCAACUGGAGUUAACACAAGGAUUGAAGAUCUGCAGAUGGUGCUCAAUCAAACAGAAGAUCAUCGUCAGCGUGUCCUGCAGGCUGCCGCCAAGUCGCUCCGUGUGUGGUUUAUCAAAGUGAGGAAGAUGAAGGCAAUCUACCAUACGCUGAACCUCUGUAAUAUUGAUGUGACCCAGAAGUGUCUUAUUGCUGAAGUCUGGUGUCCUGUGGGUGACUUGGAUUCCAUUCAGUUUGCUCUCAGAAGGGGAACGGAACACAGUGGCUCCACUGUCCCCUCCAUCUUAAACAGAAUGCAGACCAAUCAGACUCCCCCAACAUACAACAAGACCAACAAAUUCACAUACGGCUUCCAAAACCUUGUGGAUGCCUAUGGCAUUGGCAGCUAUCGGGAAAUAAACCCAGCUCCAUAUACCAUCAUCACAUUCCCAUUUCUCUUCGCGGUGAUGUUUGGUGACUUUGGUCAUGGGAUUCUAAUGACUCUAUUUGCUGUUUGGUUGGUUGUAAGAGAGAGCCGAAUUCUGUCCCAAAAGAUUGAUAAUGAGCUCUUCAACAUGAUGUUCAGUGGAAGAUACAUAAUUCUUCUUAUGGGCAUCUUUUCAACAUACACUGGCCUCAUCUACAACGAUUGCUUCUCCAAAGCCCUCAAUAUGUUUGGCUCCUCAUGGAGUGUCAGGCCCAUGUUCACAGACACUUGGUCAGAAGAUCUUCUUAAGCAUACCUCUGUCCUACAACUGAAUCCAAAUGUCACUGGAGUAUUUAAUGGACCGUACCCAUUUGGUAUUGAUCCGAUUUGGAGCUUAGCGACCAACAAGCUGACAUUUUUGAAUUCCUUUAAAAUGAAAAUGUCUGUGAUCCUUGGAAUCAUUCAUAUGACUUUUGGCGUUGCUCUCAGCCUCCUGAACCACAUUUACUUCAAGAAGCCUCUGAACAUCUACCUGAGUUUUAUACCAGAGAUGAUAUUUAUGACCGCUCUGUUUGGUUAUCUGGUCGUACUUAUAAUCUACAAGUGGUGUGCAUAUGAUGUAUCAACCUCCAUGGUUGCUCCGAGUCUCCUUAUUCACUUCAUCAACAUGUUCCUCUUCAGCUACCAAGACACCAGCCUGCCUAUGUUGUACAAGGGUCAGAUGGGGUUGCAGUGCUUCCUGGUUGUAUGUGCAAUUAUUUGCGUACCCUGGAUGCUUGUGCUUAAACCCCUUAUUUUACGCCGCCAGUACUUGAGGAGAAAACAUUUGGGUACGCAUAACUUCGGAGGCAUCCGCGUUGGUAAUGGACCCACAGAGGAAGAUGCCGAAAUUAUCCAGCAUGACCAGCUUUCCAUGCACUCGGAAGAAGGAGAAGAGCCUGCCAUGGAAGAAGUGUUUGAUUUCGGAGACACAGUGGUCCAUCAGGCCAUACACACCAUUGAAUACUGUCUAGGUUGUAUUUCUAACACCGCUUCUUAUCUCCGGCUUUGGGCCUUGAGUUUGGCACACGCACAAUUGUCGGAGGUGUUAUGGACUAUGGUGAUGCACGUUGGCCUGAAUAUCCGCAGUCUGGGUGGAGGCAUCGCCCUUGUCUUCGUCUUUUCUGCGUUUUCCACCCUGACUGUCGCUAUCCUUCUAAUCAUGGAGGGGCUGUCGGCUUUUCUCCAUGCUCUUCGAUUGCACUGGGUUGAAUUUCAGAACAAGUUUUACAUGGGCACGGGAUUCAAAUUUCUGCCGUUUUCAUUUGAGACAAUCCGGGAAGGGAAAUUUGACGAGUGAAGUUCUCCUGGACCCCCCCCCCUGCAUCUAUGUGAUCUCAUGUGAAGUUGUUCUUGUUGUUGUUGUGGUGCCAGUGAAACUGCCUCUUCCCGACCCCCCACGUUAGGGUAUUGAUGUUGUGAAGCCUCUCGUUGGUCCCGGCUACAAUAGACCUGAUGCAUUUGCACGAAAAGGCGGCUUUUGGCUCUUACACCCUAUUAACUCUGCCUAAACCUACUGGGAUUCCCUGGGGUCUGUGUUUCUCUGCUGCUGAGACAAAGCAACACAAGGGCCAAAGCAGGUUGUCUGGGGGGAAAUGGCAGAGUUUUACUAAAUAAUGGCACAAGCAAAACCCCAACAUUAGUACAUUAGUAACGUGAAGCUUCAUAAUAAUUGUGCGAGAACGAGCCGCGGCCUUUCUUCCCAUAUUGAUUCUUCCCAUAGUGAUGCCAGAGCCCAUAUAUAUAUCAUCAUAUAUCAUAUACAAACUGUAAAUAUAUUUAAUAAGAAAGCUAUGUUUUAAAGAUUUAAUGUGAGAUUCCUGUUUAAGCUGCUGUAGUUUGGGGGGGGUGGGAAUAUCCAUUUUAUCAUACGCAGUACGAGACGCCAAUUAUUCACAUUCCCAGUAAUGAAGGAAAGUCUCUACCUCUGUAAGUGGAAUCCCGUGUGUUUACACUAGUGAUGCUAAAUUAUCAUUCCUCUGAUCAUUCUGUGACAUUUUCAAUGUGCAAAUAAACUGUUUAAUUUAUGA